AACUCUGCCACACGCUGGCGACUCAUCCUACACGAUUUCCACGCCAUUUCCAUGGCGUAUAAUAUCAUUGUGUCGCGUAACCUCGAUAAAUCCCAUUACAGCGGGGUUUUGCUUUUGUUUUGUGUGCCGAUCAUCAAUCUUCUCCGCUCACAUCUCGCAAGUCGACGCAAGGGAAAAUAAAAAUAAUAAUAAAACAAAAGUGUCGAAGUUGAUCACCUUCUUCUGCUAGAUUUCUCGCCAGCCGCGGCAAAAGAGUGGUUGUAUUUGGAAGUGCCUAAAAAUAACCGCCAGAAAAACAACUUCCUCGAUUGUGGAGAUUUGUCGCGCUGGCGGGCUGGUUAGAACACGGCACUUCGGGGCAUUCGCGAACCGUCCACGUACCAGUUAUCAUCAUCUUUUGUCUGAAACCGUUUAUUUUAAGAAAUUCUAUCAGCAGUGGUACCGAUUUUCAACCAGUGAGAGUAUGGAAAAUUUAAAAAUACAAAUCCGCUACUGGUGAGCAGUCGAGCAAGAGUGAAUGACAGAGAGAGAGAAAGUGGAAGAGUGUCCCAUGUCCGUGUUUUCGUCAACUCGUCGGUAUCUCAUCGUGUACAAAAGCGGCCAGAAGCGACCACUGGGAAAAUACACCACAAAAAAAACUAACACUUUCAAACGGCAUCCACACGCCAAACACGAUAAACUACACAAUACCAACCGCGCUCGUCAGCAUACUUUUGGCCAGCACCUAAAAUAUUUGAUACACUAUUAGGGUGACUAAAUCGUGCGCAUCAAUUUCGCGUCGUCCCGCCACUAGCCGAGCUCAGCAGUCGAAGAAGUAGUAAUCACAUGACACAUGGUCGGGUCGCGAUCGACAGCGAUGGAUCUUGAGCGCGAGAACACAUUUUCCACAAACACACAGUGUGAAGGAGAGUGCAGAGAAACACAGAAACAUUGGAAACACACCAAUUAUUAGCCAUCGUCCGACACUGCUGAUCCAAGAAGGUGUAGGACUCCCCGUCACAGGAGCAGUUUCGCGGGUUUACUACACACACAUACACACAUGCUUCCAUACAAUCCACAACACUCCACACUAGUACCAUCCGCAAGACAAGUCCACAUACGAACGCACAUUUUCGAUGAAAAAGCGUGACCUGAAAUCAGUUGCAACAAUUCGAGAAACAUGGACACGCAUUCACACGGUGGGGAAGCCAAUAGCGGAGCUGGCAGCCCACAACAAUUUUGCCUCCGAUGGCAUAAUCACCAGGCAAGUCUUUUAAGCUCUUUGCCACUUUUGCUGGACCAAUCUCAUCUAACGGAUGUGACAUUAAUAGCAGAGGGCCGCAACAUUAAAGCUCACCGAGUAGUGCUAAGCGCAUGCAGCACUUUCUUUUCUGAGCUAUUUCGAACACUCGAUGGACCCCUGUAUCCGGUAGUUGUAUUACCGGGUGCUUCGUUCCCUGCAGUAGUUGCAUUGCUCACCUUUAUGUAUUCUGGUGAGGUCAAUGUGUACGAGGAGCAAAUAUCCACCCUACUCUCGCUGGCCGAGACACUAGGCAUCAAAGGAUUAGCUGAUUUCAGUGGAAAUUCACAAAAAUCCACCACCCCCAUGACUGAAGGUUCUUCGCGGGAAUCGGAGAUACCAUCGCCCUUCCAAGGAAUCAAAAUGGAGUCCCCGGGAGAGUCGUACUUUCCCCGUCCGUUCAAUUUUCACUCGCCGCUUCUUCCGCAGGCGUUGAAUCUUGCAACCCACAGCAACAAUAAUAAUAAUACCAGCUCGAGCGCAAAUAAGUCCACAGAACUAUUCUCUCGAUUUCUUCCGCAGAAGUGUGAUAUGUUGCCAAACGAAGCACUAUGGAAAAUGGAUGAACAAAGUGAUGCUAUAAAUAGAGGCAACAAAAAUGCCAACAGCAAUGGUCCCAGUUGCGGUUCAGAGUAUCGACAGACAGUCAAUGCUAAUAAUAAGAGUAACAAUAGCAUCACCAGUCAGCCCAUUGACAAGCAAAUCACGGCAAAAAACGACACCCAAAUCGCCACUGGUGGUAAUCCUAAAUUUAAUCUGGAUAGUAAUCAUUUCCACCACGCGCAGCAUCACGAUUCUGCACCGUCCACACCGUCGAGCAAUCCAGACGAGCAACGAACAGUGUCGUCCCUAAACACUUGUUCUGCCAAGAAAUUCAUUAGUCAAGAGAAUAAACGAAAGAAAAUUGACAAGAUAGCAGAGAACCUGCGAACACAAACAACCGCUACGGCAGCUGCAGCCGCUGCAGCAGCGGCAUCAUUCAACAAGCACUUGUUGCAAUCUUUGAAAUUCCCACCGAGCUCUCAGUCGCUGUCUCCCCUGCACCUCUUCAGUAAGCCCCCCACAGUCACACCAAUCACCAACCAGCAGCCGUCCUUUCUUGCCCAUCAUUUCCUAACAAACGAGUCUGCCUCGAAAACGCCAGAAAAUCUGAUCCUAGAAUCUGCUCAUCCCAGUCCUGGCACAGGAGCACUGAAUCACACUGCUUCGUCUUCUGUGGCAUCGUCCUCUUGCUCAACUUCCACCACAAUCACCCCCUCGAUGGCAAUGGACAUCGUUAGUGCAUCGACGCUAAGUGCCAACAGCAUGCUGAAAGCCGCAGCCCAUCAUCUCAGUCCGAGUGCAACGGGAACCCAGCAAAAACCACCCACCAAACUUUACGCUACCUGCUUCAUUUGCAACAAACAACUCAGCAACCAGUACAACCUGCGGGUGCACCUGGAAACGCAUCAGAACGUGAGAUAUGCAUGUACUGUUUGUUCCCACGUGUCCCGCAGUAAAGAUGCACUCAGGAAACACGUCUCCUAUCGACAUCCCGGCACUCCAAGCCCCUGUGAUCCGGACACCAAACGGAAGCGCUCCAAAGCGAAUCUUGGCCAAAUGAUUAAACAAGAAAUGCUAACAGAACAAAAUCCGAUGAGUCAUAUGAUAAAACAGGAGAUUAUUGGUGAUCAUCCAGCAUCACUCAGCAAUCAGCAGCAUCACAACACCAAUCAGUUACUGGCUAAUUUGACUUCCCAGGGAAACUCAAUAGUUUCGAUCCCCAACUUCCUUCAGCAGGCAGCCUCUAUGCAAUCGGCUUUUUCAUCGAAAUCAUUGCUGUUUAACUCGGCAACAAUACCUACAUCGUUGACAGCACCUCUGCCACCGUCCCAAAUAGCUAGCGUGUGCUCGUUAAACUCUCAGCCGAAAGAUUUAAGUAACCCAGAUUUGUCACUGGAGAACACCAACGGAUCACCGCUGCCAGGUGAUGCUACCAAAGUUAGCAAUGGGCCCUCGGACAGCAUAGACGAUGGUCGUGCAGAAGAGUCGAAAGUAAUUGACAACACACCAUGAGCUAGUCAUAUUCUUGAAACACUAUCCCAAAAGAGAUUUUUAGCAAUAAGGUAGCAGAAAAAUGAAACAGAACCAUUUUCAAAAAAGACAUUAAUUUAGAACUAUACAUUAAGCUAUUUACACUGGUAACCAAAUAGUCAAACCCCUGAAAAACUUUUUGUUUGUUCCUCUCUAGUUAUUUUUUAGUCUACUUCCCUAGCUGUGAUAGUUGAUCAAUCGUAUAGACUUAAUUUGAGCAACAACUUCAAACAGUUAACUAUAUUAGACAGCAAAUGCUGCACCAGCACCAGAAAUUCGCACUGGAACACCAGUAUCAAUCAUUUCUACCUCACCCAAUUAUCGGAACCCGAAACAGAAGAACCUUCUAUAAACGCUCCUUAAGAAACCCCAUGAAACGCCAGUCAACGACUACCUGUUUUAGACAAAACCUGAAAAAGACACAAACUGUCCCCAUCUUGUCAUCUAAGUGCCUUGAAAUUGUAUAUGAUCUUCUAGUAUCAGUGCCUUUGCAUAGGAAAAAUUACUCUUAAACGUUACUAAUUUAUUAAUCGCACCGUUACUUUUAUUAUAUGCAAUAUUUAUACGGAAAGAUAUGAAACUUGAAAAAGACAAUACUAGAUAGGAAAUUUGACGUUUUAUUUGUUUCGUUUUAAUUCUGAGACUAUGAUUAGCAAGUUUGCGAUAGAUUUAAGCUCUUUUUUUUCUACUCUCGAACUUUCAAAAAAACUGAUGAUGUUACCACCUUUGUUUCGAUUACUCGUUAGUGAAACUAACCAACUCGAAGGCAAUACUAGUUUUAAUACCAAUAAUGACACAUUUAAGUUUUAUCUCAAGUGUUAAUAUGUAAGGAAUGUUUGGUUUUUAUCACACCGUGAAAUACAAUAAAAACAUUGAGGUUUCAACCCAAUUCAUCAA